AUGACAAAACAAGGAUUAGGGCUAAGUGUAGAGGGAGGAGUGGUCCCAGAUAUGAGUGGUGGGCCAUGGACAAAGUCAAGGACUGGAUUCAAGGACAAAACCGUAAAUAUGAAAGAGGUCAAUGCACUUCAAGAAGAUCCCAUCCAAAAAUUCGAGAUGAACAUGUCAAGAAUGAAGGUACAUCGGGCAAAGGAAUUGGAUCAGAAGCAUGUUUUUGGGGAUUUUCAGAAACAACAUGCUAUUUUGAGGGACUAUGGACUAGAGUUGAUGGAAAGAAACCCAGGUACUAAUGUGAAGAUCGAUUGUUACACUGAGCCAAAUUUAAAUUCUGAUACAAGGACAUUUAGGAGAAUUUAUAUUUGUUUAGGAGCAUUAAAGGAAGGAUUUAAGGCUAAUCUAAGGGAUUUCAUAGGGUUGGAUGGUACUUUCAUGAAAGGUCCCUAUCCUGGUCAAAUUUUGACUGUCGUAGGGGUAGAUUCCAAUAAUGGGAUAUAUCCUCUUGCAUAUGCUCUUGUUGAGAAUGAAACCAAAAAUUCAUGGACAUGGUUUUUGGAACAGCUUGGUGAUGAUCUAGAACUUUAUGCUAAUUCAAACUUCACUUUCAUCUUAGAUAGGCAGAAGGGUAUCAUUCCUGCAAUUGCCAAACUUUUCCCUCAAGUUGAGCAUAGGUUCUGUCUGAGGCAUAUUUAUGAAAAUAUGAAAAGGCAGUGGAAGGAUAAAGAACUCAAAGAUUUAGUGUGGGCAUGUGCAACUGCUACUACUAUAAGGCAUUUUGAGAAAGCAUUAGAAGAGCUAAAGAAAUUCAAAGCUGAAGCUCAUGAUUGGCUGAUACAGAUUCCUCCAGCUCAUUGGGCAAGAUCUCAUUUCUCAGGGAGGGCACAUACUAACAUCUUGUUGAAUAACCUGUGUGAGGUUCUGAAUGGAAAAAUACAAGGUGGUAGGGACAAACCUAUCAUUUAUUGUUUGGAGUAUAUUAGAGAGUAUUUGAUGAAAAGAAUUUUCAAUGUCCAAAGAGAGAUUGAUAGAUGCCAUGGUCCUCUCACACCAACUGCCACUAGUCUUCUCGAUCAAAUGGAAAGACAAGCACAAAAGCACAGACAGUGGGAAAUUACAGGCAUGUUAUGCUCACAUGUAAUAAGUGCAAUAUGGGACAAGAUUAAACAUGGAGCAAAGAAUGUUCCUGAGUUGGAGCAUUGGGUGGGUAGGCCGAAGAAGAAAAGGAAGAGGGCAUAUGAUGAACCUGCUACAUAG